AUGGCGCAAACAGGAUUUCUGAUUUUCCUUCUGGUUGCUGCCCUCCUUUUGCUGGAUCAUGCGACUGGACAGUCUUCCCAAUCAAAGGCCCGGAAGCACAGCAAGCGGAGGGUGAAAGAGAAAGCUGAUGACCUGAAGAGUCAAAUUGACAAGCUUUGGCAAGAGGUCAACUCCCUGAAAGAAAUGCAAGCGCUUCAGACAGUCUGUCUUCGUGGAACAAAAGUCCAUAAGAAAUGCUACUUGGCCUCUGACGGCGCCAAACACUUCCAUGAAGCAAACGAAGACUGUAUAGCCAAGGGAGGCACUCUUGCUAUCCCCAGAGAUGGCGACGAAACCAACGCGCUCCGAGACUACGGCAAAAAGAGCAUGCCAGGUGUGGCCGAUUUUUGGCUGGGUGUUACCGAUAUGGUCAACGAGGGGAAGUUUGUUGACGUCAACGGAAUGGUUCUGAACUACUUCAACUGGGACCGCUCGCAACCCAGAGGAGGGAAACGUGAAAAUUGUGUCUCGCUUUCUCAGUCGGCUCAAGGAAAGUGGUCGGACGAAGUCUGCCGUACCCUUAAACGAUACAUUUGCGAGUUCCUCAUCCCUUAA